AUGUCCUCCCUCAUUCGAGAGGAGAAUCAAAACCCAAAUUAUGAUCCUCGAAAAUGCUAUCCUGCUCGUGUUGGAGAGACCAUAUCCCGGCGAUACCGUAUUCUCUCAAAGCUCGGCUGGGGAGCAAAUUCUACUGUUUGGCUAGCAAAAGACACUAGUCGAUCAUCAAACCGAUAUGUGACAUUGAAAAUCACAAACUGUGGCAAAGAAGAACAAAAGUCUGCAAAUGAAGAAGUAGCAAUGUCGCGAUACAUCUCUCGGCUGCAGUCUAACCAUGAAGGUCGGGCAUAUAUUCGUCUUGUGCGCGACACUUUUCGUAUCCAAGGCACGCCGGGAGAGCAUUUAUGUCUGGUAUUUGAACCACUACGGGAACCGCUCUGGCUUUGGGGAAAACACCUUGGAAGCAACGGCGUGCCUCCCGCCGUGCUGAAGCCGUUUUUGAAAUUGUUGCUCCAGGGCCUUGAUUUUCUCCAUUCCGAGUAUCUCAAGGCAGAUAACCUCCUUGUGGGAUUCGAAGACUCUGGGGUUCUUGAGAGUUAUGCUCGCCAGCAAGAACGCAAUCCUGCUCCGUUUUGGGACGGUGAUGGUCAUCCAAUAUUUCGGUCUUGUCCAGAAUUUGGGCAUCUGAGGAAAGGGGUAGGCCUGGUUCAAAUCAGCGACUUCAGUGCUGCUGUUUUCGGCAACGUUCCUGAGCCUCAUAACCAUGAUAUACAACCUCCGCCCUUUUGUGCGCCAGAGGUCCUCUUAAAGGCGACAUGGAAAUAUAGUGCAGAUAUAUGGCACUUGGGCACCAUAUUAUGGGAGCUUCUUGCAGACCGUGUUCUUUUUGAUGGGCUGGACACCGAGAGCGGCACGUAUUCGCGAGUAAAACAUAUAGCCCAAGUGAUACGGCUGCUUGGUCCGCCUCCCCUGCAGCUACUGGAAAGGGCAGAUCAAGGCAUCUGCUCCGAACUCUUCUCCAGCCAUGGUAUGAUGUCCGCCACUUUUAUAGCUGGGUGA